AUGAUUAGUGAUGAGGAACCAGGUUAUGGCCUAGAUUUAUUUUGUGUACCUAACCAUUGUGCUGAGGACUUGGAAAAGGUGUUUAUUCCUCAUGGACUCAUUCUGGACAGGACGGAAAAGCUGGCCCGGGAUGUGAUGGAGGAUAUGGGAGGCCACCACGUCGUGGCCCUCUGUGUGCCCAAGGCGGGCCGUACAUUCUUUGCGGACCUGCUGGACUGCAUUAAAGAGCUGGACAGAAAUAGUGAUAAGUCCAUUCCUGUGACUGUAGAUUUUAUCAGACUAGAUUUUUUAAGAGCUGCUGUAAUGUCCGGUCAACAGGCGCCAUCAAAGUCACUGGUGGAGAUAAUCUCUCAACUUUGGCUGGAAAGAACAUCUUGA